CAGUUGUAUCUUAUAAAGGAACCCAUCACAGUUCGCUGGAAGGGCUGGACAGACGACAAGUAUGGUUCACAAAUGUGGAUGUACUAUCUGGAGCUUCACAAACUUGAGGUAAAAGAUGCUACACUAGAACUCACUGAACGAAACCCUAUCAAACCUAUGGCCAGAAAUCAAACGUUGCACAUGGGUAACAUGUCACACUACCAGACGUUUACUCCUCUGGAACCAGGAAUGUAUAGUAUCUUAUUGGAAGUCAGGGAUAUUGCCAACAAUUCACGGAUAGCUCGACGGUUUGUCCUGUAUGACAAAGUGUCAGACGUAGAGUUGAAUCAGGAAAGUCCAAACGGAUUGCACGUGUCUUCUGCUCAAAACCACACAGGCUUCAAAUGGCAGUCUGCAGGAAGUGAAGGACAAAGUACGAACAUUGUUGUCAACUGGGCUAGAUAUUUCAUGAACAAAGCUCACGAGGAUGGCCACUACAACAAUGAAAUACAGACUUUUAAACCACAAUUUGAAGAUUUAGAAGAUGAUGGUAUUCUUUACACGAGAAAGUUUGUAAAUGCAUCACUCGAUGACAUGGAAGGAGCGAGAACUCGUGAUCCUAUUGCUAACAUUCACGGUAUUGUGAAAUUUGAAUACCAGUAUACCAGGGACAUUGGUUCACAAAUACCUGGAGCAGUCUGGACAAAAGUUGAACCAAUCACCGAAACAACCACAAUAAAAGAGCAGAUGAGUAGCGGUGACCAGUUAAAGAUAUGGGUUCGAGCUCAAGAUGUCCUUGGCAACACAAAGAUGGACUCGACCGUCGUGACUACAGACUUUACUGAACCCAUUACUUCAAGUGCUGACGAUAACACUACCACAUAUAUUGUAGAAAAUACUAACGUCAAACCUUUCAACUAUUCAAGCAGCGUGUACCUAGAAGCGUAUGAUACAGAAAGUGGCGUUCGUGAUAUAGGUGUCAACAUUACAAUCAAAAUGCAAGGUGUGUCCAACAUUUAUGUCAGUAAAAUGGCCAAGGCAAACACAGACGAUAAAAGACACCCGGACAGAGAUAGUGAGUGCGUGACGUCAAGAGACAAGACAACCUGCUUUUUAAAGAAGCAAACUGUGAUUAUAGACAAUUGUUGGCUCACUGUACCAAACCAGGCGUUACUGCCGUCUGCUAGUGCGAUAAUAGAUGUUAUUGCCUAUAACCAAGCCAUGCUCGCCAGCAGCGUCAGAUUUGAGGUGAUUUAUGAUUUAUUUAUUCUAAAUGGAAGAAUAGACAAUGAUAAAAGUUCACCCAGCCCAACUUGCAAAGGUACAAAUGAAGGAGAAAACAUAGAAGAUAAUUCAAUAGAUUCAGAAACUGUUAUAGAAGUAAAUGAAGAAAUAAAUACAGAAAUCACUGAUGAGGAAAUAAAAAAAGCAGUUAAACUACUCAAAAAUAAUAAAAGUCCAGGAUAUUCCCAGGGCAAUAACAGAGCGUUAGAUGGUCUUGUAAGCUAUAAUGGACCUGAGUCCGCUCGAGUGGAAAACGUGAAAACCGGAAGUUUCCGAAUAGUUUGGGACUUUCCGACAAAUUUGUCCUGCUAUGCUAUACAAACUUCAAUUAUUAUAGUGCUGUUCAAGAAGGCAUCAAACGGGAAUAUUGAAUUAGAAACCCAUGUUAUUCCUGGUUCAAACACAUAUUUUGAUGUAGUCAACCUAGACGCUGAUACAGAAUAUUUACUUGAUUUCAUAACACAAAUAGGUGAUAAGAAAAAUCCACCAAUGAAGCUUACUGCCAGGACGUUAAUAGAUAAAUGCACUGCAAAUACUGACAACUGUGACGACACAAAUGGCGGAUGCACAAACACUGCAGGAUCAUUUACUUGUUCGUGUAACACUGGAUUUAAUCUUGAGGCGGAUGGUUUUACAUGUACAGAUAUAGACGAAUGUACUGCAAAUACCGACAACUGUGACGACACAAAUGGCGGAUGCACAAACACUGCAGGAUCAUUUACUUGUUCGUGUAACGCUGGCUAUAACCUUGAGGCUGAUGGUUUUACAUGCACAGAUAUAGACGAGUGUAGUACAUAUACAAACAUUUGUGGCCCUUCUGAUGGACUAUGUACCAAUACUGAUGGAUCGUAUACCUGUUCAUGUAACACAGGAUAUAUACUUCAUAAUAAUUCAUGUACAGUGCCACCAGAAACACCGAGAGGUUUUACAAUAGAUUGUAUUCAGCAUAACAAGGCCCGAUUGUCGUGGUUACCUGGCAACAAUGGAGGGUUGACACAAACGUUUGUUAUACAGUUAGGAACUGGUGAAAGUUCUUGGGAAGAUACAGAAGUGCAAGAUGGAGUCAAACAAAAUGAUCAACCAAUUUCCAAAAUUCUGACGGGUCUCGGUGAUUCUACAACAUACUUCGUACGAAUGUACGCAUAUAACAAAGUUGGAAAAAGUCCGCUUUCGGAAAUUCUCAUUUUUACUACGUCGCCUAUAAAGGUGGAAACAGAAACUACAACUACAUUAAUCGUGGGCAUUGUCUUAAGUGUUGUGAUAGUUGUAGUUAUAUCGUAUGCGAUUUAUGUAACAAUACGAUUGAAAAGAAACAUCUCAUUCAAGAAGGGUGGUCGCGCGCAGGAAAAAGGCGAUCAAGUGAAUAUACAUAUCGAAGACUCUACAAACAUCCCUGACAGUGGAGGGUAUGACAAUCCAUAUACUGACCUCAGGACAGAAAUGAGGGAUUCAGGAUCUCCAUACCAAGCAAUAUCAACUAUGUAAAGAAUAAGA